GCCGCAGGGCGUGUCGUGUGCGUGUCCCAUCGGUCUGGAGCUCAUGGCCGAUCUGAGCACCUGCAUCAUCCCGAGGCCUUCCUGCUGUUCUCCCGCCACACGGACAUCAGGCGCAUCUCGCUGGAGACCAACAACAACAACGUAGCCAUUCCUCUCACCGGCGUCAAAGAAGCGUCCGCACUCGACUUCGACAUCACCGACAACCGCAUCUACUGGACCGAUAUUACACUGAAGACCAUCAGUCGUGCGUUCAUGAACGGCAGCGCUCUGGAGCACGUGGUGGAGUUCGGUCUGGACUAUCCCGAGGGAAUGGCUGUGGACUGGCUGGGAAAGAACCUGUACUGGGCCGACACCGGGACCAACCGCAUCGAGGUGGCCAAACUGGACGGGCAGCACAGACAGGUUCUGGUGUGGAAGGAUCUGGACAGCCCUCGAGCACUGGCACUGGACCCAGCCGAGGGCUUCAUGUACUGGACGGAGUGGGGUGGACAUCCGAAGAUCGACCGCUCGGCCAUGGACGGAUCUGGACGCAUCACUCUGGUGCCGAACGUGGGUCGAGCGAACGGACUGACCAUCGAUUACGCCGAGCGCCGGCUGUACUGGACAGACCUGGACACCACGCUGAUCGAGUCCUCCAACAUGAUGGGUCUGGAGCGUGAGGUCAUCGCUGACGAUCUGCCGCAUCCGUUCGGACUCACACAGUACCAGGACUACAUCUACUGGACGGACUGGAGCCAGCGCAGCAUCGAACGAGCCAACAAGACCAGCGGACAGAACCGCACCAUCAUACAGGGACACCUGGACUACGUCAUGGACAUCCUGGUGUUCCACUCGUCCAGACAGAGCGGCUGGAACGCCUGCGCCUCCACCAAUGGACACUGCUCACACCUGUGUCUCGCUGUUCCUGUCAGCAGCUUCAGGUGCGGCUGCCCUGCACACUACUCCCUCAACCAGGACAACAAGACCUGCAGCGCGCCCACAUCCUUCCUGCUGUUCAGUCAGAAGACGGCCAUCAAUCGUAUGGUUAUGGACGAGCUGCAGAGUCCUGACAUCAUGCUGCCCAUCCACAGCCUGAGAAACGUGCGCUCCAUCGACUACGACCCGCUCGAGCGCCAGCUGUACUGGAUCGACUCCAAGCAGAACGCCAUCCGCCGCGCGCAGCAGGACGGGAACCAGAGCGUGACGGUGGUGUCCGGCGCGAGCCUCGGCCUGCAGCCCUUCGACCUCAGCAUCGACGUCUACAGCCGCUUCAUCUACUGGACCAGCGAACUGACCAACGUCAUCAACGUGACGCACACAGACGGCUCCCGGGUCGGAGUGGUGCUGCGCGGGGAACACGACCGACCGCGCGCCAUCGUGGUCAAUCCUGAGCGAGGGUACAUGUACUUCACUAAUCUGCAGGAGCGCUCCCCGAAGAUCGAGCGCGCCGCUCUGGACGGGACGGAGCGCGAGGUGCUGUUCUUCAGUAAUCUGGGGAAGCCGGUCGCUCUGGCCGUCGACAACGAGCUGGGAAAACUCUUCUGGGCCGACAUGGACCUGAGGCGCAUCGAGAGCAGCGACCUGUCCGGAGCCAAUCGGAUCGUGAUCGAGGACUCCAACAUCCUGCAGCCGGUGGGUCUGACGGUGUUCGGGAACUUCCUGUACUGGAUCGACCGGCAGCAGCAGAUGAUCGAGCGCAUCCAUAAGAUCACACGUGAGGGACGCACCAAGAUCCAGGCGCGCAUCGCCUCUCUGAGCGACAUCCACGCCGUCCACCAGCUCCACAUGGACGAGUACAAUAAACACCCCUGCACCUCUGAGAACGGCGGCUGCUCACACAUCUGCAUCGUGAAGGGAGACGGAUCGACGCGCUGCUCCUGUCCCGUUCACCUGGUGCUGCUGCAGGACGAGCUCUCCUGCGGAGAGCCGCCCACGUGUUCUCCGGAGCAGUUCUCGUGUGUGUCCGGCGAGGUGGACUGCAUCCCUCAGGCCUGGCGCUGCGACGGCUUCUCUGAGUGUGACGACGGCAGUGACGAGCGAGACUGUCCCGUCUGCUCCGAACACCAGUUCCAGUGCGACAGCAAGCAGUGUGUGGACGUUACUCUGCGCUGCAACGGAGAGAUCGACUGCCAGGACCGAUCCGACGAGAACCAGUGUGAAGUGCUCUGUCCCGUGGAUCAGUUCACCUGCACCGACGGCCAGUGCAUCGGGCGGCACAAGAAGUGUGACCACAACACGGACUGCACGGACAACUCUGACGAGAUCGGCUGCUACGCCACAGAAGAGCCGUCCUUCUCUCCCUCGAACACCAUCGGCUCUAUCGUGGGGGUGGUGAUGGUGCUGUUCGUGGUGGGGGCCGUGUAUUUCGUGUGCCAGCGUGUCCUGUGUCCUCAGAUGAAGGACGACGGCGAGACCAUGACCAAUGACUUCGUGGUGCACGGGCCGGCGCCGGUGCCUCUGGGAUACGUGCCUCACCCCGGCUCUCUGACCGGCUCGCUGCCAGGCAUGUCUCGUGGGAAGUCGGUCAUCGGCUCGCUGAGCAUCAUGGGAGGCAGCAGCGGUCCUCCGUAUGACCGAGCACAUGUGACCGGAGCCUCGUCCAGCAGCUCGUCCAGCACCAAGGGCACAUUCUUCCCUCCGAUCCUGAAUCCCCCCCCGUCUCCCGCCACAGUGAGGUCACAGUACACGAUGGAGUUCGGUUACUCCUCGAACAGUCCGUCGACGCACCGAUCGUACAGCUACAGACCGUACAGUUACCGUCACUUCGCCCCCCCGACGACGCCCUGCAGCACAGACGUGUGUGACAGCGACUACACCCCGGGCCGAAGAGCUCCGCACGCGUCCAGCGCCGCGGUCAAGGGCUACACGAGUGACCUGAACUACGACUCGGAGCCGCUGCCGCCGCCGCCCACCCCUCGGAGCCAGUACCUGUCUGCAGAGGAGAACUGUGAGAGCUGCCCACCCUCGCCCUUCACAGAGCGCAGCUACUCACACCACCUGUACCCACCUCCACCCUCGCCCUGCACAGACUCGUCCUGAGCCCGCCCACUGCUGCAUAAGCCCUGCCCUCUACAGACUCGUCCUGAGCCCCGCCCACCGCUGCGUAAGCCCUGCCCUGCACGGAUUUAACCUGAGCCACGCCCACUGCUGUGUAAGCCCCGCCCCACACGCAUUGAGUCACUCCUACCACAGUGGAAGCCUUGCCAUGAGCCCCGCCCUCGACUUCACAAAGCCCCACCCUUCAUGUAUUUGUCCUGUGCCCCGCCUACCACCACUUAAAGCCCCACCCACCCCACAGUAAGCACCGCCUACACUGACUAGUUCCGAGCCCCCCUGCAUACGCUGAAAAAAAUAUAUAUUAAUAAUUUUGUCUUGUUUUCUGUUAUAAACAUAAAAAAAAAUAAAAAAUUUGAAUCAAGAUGCAUUUACUUUACAAAAAAUUAUCUUAAUUCAAAGGCCAAACAAGAUUACUUUUCUUGGUGCAUUGGCAGAUAUUUUUGCUUGUUUUAAGCAAACACUAACUCAAUUUUUCUACUUUUUUCAGAAAACAAGACUGAAUAUCUUAAGCCACUGAUUCAAGAUUGUUUAGAUGUUUAUACUAGAAAACGACAAACAUAUCAAGAAAAUCUGUUUUUGAAGUGUAAGCCCCGCCCACCAUGUAAGCCCCGCCCAUGGCAUCCGUGUACACAUCUGAUGGCGUGAUGACUCUGACACGUGGGUGUCUGUCUCGGUCUGGAGGCUCUCUGUACAUUUAAAAGAAAAAGAAAGCAUAUUUAUAUAUUUUCUAUACAGUGUUUAUUGGUUAUGCCAUAGAGCUUUGUAUUAAAAGAAAUUUGUAAAAAAAAAAAAACAUUUUUAAAGAGAAAAUUUUAUUAAAUCCACACUGACGUGAUGCGUUGCCUUAAUCCAGGAGUUUAGAAUCAAACGUGUUCAUGCCAAAUAGAUGGAGCGGCCCGUCGCCCCCUGCAGGCUCGGAGCAGCAGCACACUGUGACCUGAAACUCAAUGAUGGUACUCAUAUUUUUCUACUAUUUUUGUAUUGGAGACGUCACAGAUGCGGACGAACUUCAGCGGCGCUUUAGGAAACGAGCAGGAAGUGAUGCGAUCCGCACUGCUCACAAUCACGGACCACUUCUCGUGCCUGACCGCUUUUUACAAGACGCUUGGAACCAUUUUUCACUUUUUUUAAAUCUCAGUGCCCACAAAAGGUCAAUUAUUUUUGUACCAUAUACUGUGUAGAUACUGUAUUUAUAAGCUAUAAAGAAGAAUCUUCAUCAUCCUCAUCCUCAUGUCCUUGCAGUUCUGCUGUCUUGUUACGCCCCGCCAGUGAGUGUGUGUGUGUGUGUGUGUGUGUGUGUGUAAGUGUGCAAGUUCCUCUAGUGUCUACAGCUGUUAAGUUUCCCAUAAUGCAUCUGUUUCUGUGUAGCACUUCUUCUUGAGCUUUUAUAAAGGGAGACUCACCAGCACAAACGUCCUGUAUUACCCAGCAUGCAUCAGUCCUAAUUGUGUUGGUGUGUGUCACACGCUGCCUUCAGAUCGUCUCCAUGUUCACGAAAGCAGCUUCAGUUCAGUCACAGAUGUGUGUCAGAAACAGCUUUUCCAAAUCUCUCAUGUCCCAAACCUCCCUUUAAUGUCCUGAUCUCCAAGGGCUUCUGGGUAAUGCCAUGUUUUUAGUUCCUUUAUGAUUCUGCUCACACCAGCGUUUCCAUUUUCUUAACUGCACUUUACAGGACCGGUUCAGAUUGUGUGUGUGUGUGUGUGUGUGAGGAUCCGUGUACAGGAAGCAGCCGGUGGUCACUGUCAGUUAGACUCAUCAGUGCAGUGUUCGUGGCAGAGUUUGACCUCUGACCCCGUGUGCUGGAGUUGUAGGGAAAUGUCUAAAGCACUUUGAAAGAGUGAGCCGAUUAAUUCACUACAGAAUCACUUUAAAUGUUUCACUUUCAUAACCGCAGGUUUUGGUCAUUGUUGCUGGUUUUUAGUUCCCAUGGUGCUUUGCGAGGAUGUGUUCACAGAUGACCAACAUUUGGUUUCUCAUCAGUCAUGUUUCACUCAUUCAAUGCUUUCAUGUAAAACAUUGUAUAAACCGGAUGUGUACAGCUUCAGUCGCGUCUCGAAGCUGAUGUGACAAAUGAAAUUAUCUUUUUUUUUCUUUUUUUAAUAAAACUGAGUGAACUUUUCA